AUUUGACAUAAAAUGUCAAUAUUGUGCAAAGCAACACUUCGUUCCUCGUUUGUCACAUUUGCCCAUCAAAAAUAUUUGAACAAAAAGAUUCUGUACAAAAAAUAGGUUAAUAGUUAUAAAAACCAAGAUUGAAUCUUGGUACAGUUUCCUUUGGUUCGAAUGUUUAUAUAUGAAUUCCAAUGAAAUUAAUUUCCUAUACACUCCGAGAUAUAUUACGUAAGCGGCCAAUUUUAUUGUAUUUGAUUACACCACCAGUGUUUUUCAUCUUUGGGGCCGGUCUUGAGGUUGCUAUGAUUAAAUGGAAACCAAACGGUGUUAAUUUUUAUGAUACAUACAAAAAGAAUCGUGCCAAAGAGAUUGCCGACGAACGACUAAGAGCAAAAUAAAGUAAUUUAAAAAUGUAUGCAGGAGUUUCUAUGGGAAAGAGCAUCGCACUGCUUGUAAUAUCGGCUGCAUCAAUGUUAGCUGGAUCAAAUGUUGUGCACCAAUAUUACAAACCUCUCGAUGACUUGGAAGAAUAUGUAGAACGGGAAAUACAAAACAGAAAAUCGUCAAAUAGUUAAAAUAGAAUUCUAUUUAUAUAAAUGAAUAAAACUCGCUGAUUUUUUUGUCGCUUAAAUUGUAGGAAAAAACAAAAAAAAGAUUUGUUUUAUUUCAUUGUCACUUAAUGCUAAUUUGAUUGGAUAUGAGUAAGAACAUAAGAGACCAACACCAAAAUUACAUCAAAAU